UUAGUAGAGACGGGGUUUCACCGUGUUAGCCAGGAUGCUCUUGAUGAGCAUGAACAUCUUAUGUAUUUGCUUCCAAAUACAGUUACAUUAUUGGAUGUCCAUUUCCCUACAGCCUCACUAGGUUAGCUUUCUAUCUCUUAAAGGUGUGUUUCCAGUUUGUUACAAAAUGACAUUUUAUUGGUGUGUUUAUUUUAUUUCCUUAAUGGUUAGGUUGAACCUUUUUGGAGUGUGCAUGGGGGCAUAUGUCAUUUGUAUUUUGAGAAUAGUGUUGUGUUUAUUUUGCUUUUUAGUUGUAUCUGGAGCUAGAAGAAUGGAGACAGCAUUAGACUGUUGCUUAAAUAAGGGCAUAAGGCUGGCAUGAAUAGAUGACAUACGCAGAACUAUAUUGCUUUCAAUUCUCCAUCAAAGGAAAUUAUUUCCAAAAUGAAAAGGGUGUUACUAAAAGGGAUUUGGAUGACAGUGAAAGAAAAUCCAGGUAAUUUGAAUGCAUUUACCUCUCUGGGACACACUGGAUUGUAUCUCAGGGUUAGCAGAGUUGAAGGAGUUAGCAGACAUCAUCUUUGAGCCAUUGCUGGUGAUUGUUGAGUGAACUUGGAGAGUGGCAGAGGUUCCAGAAGACCAGAGAUAUGCAAAUGUUGUUCUAUGUAGCUUUUGACAAAGUUGAAUUCCUAAAACUUUCAAUGUAUGAAAUGCACCCUUGCAAAAUUUCUGGACUACCAUCAUAUGAAUUAUUUAGUAGUCUAGAGAAGAGAAGAGAUUGCAUUGAUCCUUAGGAACCAGCAUAAAUCUAGUAAUGUGUAGUGACCAGUUGUCACAUUUUCUUUUAUAAAAGGGGCUUCUGUAUUGGAAGAUAAUGCCAAAGACAUCAAAGCAUUUGACAAAUAUUUCUCGCCGUUCUCCUUAAGGACAUAAUAGAGAGAUGUUUGGAGGAUGACAGAAUAAUGCAAUAAAUUCAUAGCUGAUUCUAUUCAUAUGCCAUAACAUAGGUAAUGACUGAGUGUUUGUUGGCCUAGAAAGAGGUUUCCAGUGGCAGGUAUUUAGGGUUUUCUUGGCCCCAAACUGAAGAAGGGUCCUUAGAACUUGUAUAGAAAUCUUAAAAAUUCAUAUUUAUGUGGCUAAUGAUAUAAACCUAUAGAAUAAAUCUUCAUAAUAUGAACUAUGAAAAUAGGCCAACACCAACUAAAUACAUUUAACAGAAAUAAUGAGAACUUCUAAAAUGAGGUUGUAUUUAGAAUUGAAACAACAGUUGAUUUUCUUUAUUUUUGGCCUUCUUGAAUUUCACCAAUUACAAAUAAAAACAAUAACAUUUGUAUAGUGAAAAUGACUUUUUAAGGUUAAUUCGUGUAUGGUAGGAGAAUGCUGGGUCCACCUACAUAUGGUUGCUGUGAGAGCAUGCUAUAAUAAAGAAUUGCUGGACUGAAAGGAAAAGAUGUGAGUACUGUUCCUGUCACCACCAUAAACUAGUUGUCAUCUUGGGCCAGCAGCUGGCAUCACCUUUCUUGGGUCUGCAUAUUAUCAUCUGAAAGCUGGAGAUGACAAGAGGUGGGGUGAAGUUAAUCACUUUGCCCCAUUCCCGCUCUCAUGUGAUAUCAGGCAGUACAACUUGAUUCUCAUGUCCCUUGGCGAGUUUGGCCAAAUUUCUAGACUCUUAAAUGGACCCUUCCAGAUAUUUCUAGCUUAAACAGACCCUUUCAGGCCUUCUCUGAGAAGGGGCCUCUUUUCUUUUAAUCUGCAAGUUCCUUCAGAUCACCCUUCUUCAGGAUCAUAUUAAACUAUCCACAAAUUGCAAUGCUUCAUUUCAAGUUUCAAACAGUGUACUUGAGCCCACUUUGAUCUCAGGAAGGUCAACAUUUUUUUUUCCUUUUUGGGGGGCUCAGGCCCAUGCCUUGACAUUUCUGGAUGAGCCUAUAGCCUCUUCACCGGCCAAAAAUGUUCCCCAUGGCUUUACCAUGGGGUCUGGCCUUCAGUUUCUCCAUUCUCCAUCAGCCGACCCUGAAUCUUGGCCACCAUCAGCAUUUGAUCAUCGACUGUUUCUCUAGCUUCUUUCCCAGCACCACUAUUUUGAUUCCGUUGUAAUCUUUAUGACCAUUUAAUUUUGAAUUUUUAAACUUCAUAUUUUAUUUUCCUAUUUUGUAUCUUCACAUUAUAAUUUGUAAAGGAGUUUAAAGUAUUUCCUGUGCCUCAAUUUACUCUUGCUUAGUCUGAUUUUCCCCUUAUCAGUCCUCAAAUAUCAUCAACUCUUUAUUUUCUGCUCUUAUGGGACACAACAUUUGUACAUCUUCAUACAACCUAGCCUUUGGCUUCUUUUGUCUAUAUACUUGGAUUAACCUCUCAGAGUUGGAGAUCUUUGACUGAGGGAUGUAGUAGUAUAGUUCUUGAUCCAUUUUGGGUACCUUUAUUUUGACUGACAAAGACAAGAGGCCAUGUUAGCACAUUAUAUUCUUUCCUUAAAACUUUAAAAUAUUUAAGAAGUCAGCAUUUAUAUUUAAACAUAAAUUUCAGCCUCCUUCUUAGGGCUUCCCUUAAUACCACAGUAAUUUUGGUUGGAGGAAUAUUUUGUAGCCUGUGAUAUCUCAGAUUGCAAUACUUCUCUGCCUCCUGUUUCCUGCACUUCUCCUCUAGCUCCUUCCACUGAGAAUUCUCCCCAGGCAGCAUUUUCAUGCUUUCAGUGCUCAUUUCAGGCGCUUUCUUCUCUGCUGUGCCUAUGCAUGCUUGAGGCUUUGUCCUAAACUCAUGUGACCUGCAUAGCUAAUUUCAGGUUUUCAGUCUAGGCUUACUAUUGCUGAACCCAAGAGACUGACGUAUUGCCCAGACUCCUGCACGCUGUCUGCCAGCCACAGGUACAUCCUGGGGUCAUGUAUUAUGCUCCUGGUUAGCACAUUGGGCAGGAAACAAGCUACCCAUUGUGGCUGUGACCAGGUGUAGAGUCUCUUUGCUUAUAUGAAAAACAGUUCUUUGACCUCACUACCUGCGGCCUGUCCUUCCUGCUGCUGUGUCCUUGAUAGGCCAGCUCCCCACCCUUUGCCUAGAAAGCAUUCCCAAUCCCUACCAGUAAGAUAAAUGGAGCAAAACAGGAAGCCACUUCUGUGCGGCCCAAGGCUCUGCUAUACAUGUGUUUGCAUCCAAUGUCUGAAUUUUCUCCAUGAAGAAAUGGAAGAUCUUGGGACAAAUCUUUUGAUGAGGAAGCCAAGGCCCAGCAGAGCUGAGAUGUGACUGCAGAGCCGUCCAACCCGAGUCCUCUGACCUUUCUCUGUGCCUGAUACCUCUCAGCAUUUGAGGGCCUUUUCUCUUUCUGCUUCAUCUCCAAAGGUCCUUCUAGGAGAGAGGUGAAAGAAACCUGGGAAAGAAAACGGUCUCAACAAUGAGUAGGCCACCCAUCACUACCAACUGCAGAUGACUUGCCAUUUCAUUUACAAAGAUGUCGUCUGCUGCUGAAAAUGGAGAGGCAGCACCUGGAAAACAAAAUGAAGAAAAAACCUAUAAAAAGACUGCAUCAUCUGCUAUUAAAGGUGCUAUUCAGCUGGGAAUAGGAUACACAGUGGGCAAUCUCACUUCCAAGCCAGAACGAGAUGUUCUUAUGCAAGACUUUUAUGUGGUGGAAAGUGUGUUUCUACCCAGCGAAGGGAGCAAUCUGACCCCAGCACAUCACUACCCAGACUUUAGAUUUAAGACAUACGCUCCAUUAGCAUUCCGAUAUUUCAGAGAACUUUUUGGUAUCAAGCCUGAUGAUUACUUGUAUUCCAUCUGCAGUGAACCUCUAAUAGAACUGUCUAACCCUGGAGCCAGUGGAUCCUUGUUUUUUGUGACCAGUGAUGAUGAAUUUAUCAUCAAAACAGUUCAGCACAAAGAAGCUGAGUUUCUUCAGAAGCUCCUGCCGGGCUAUUACAUGAAUUUAAACCAGAAUCCAAGGACUCUUUUGCCAAAAUUUUACGGACUGUAUUGUAUGCAAUCAGGAGGCAUUAAUAUCAGGAUUGUGGUGAUGAACAACGUUUUGCCACGUUCCAUGAGAAUGCACUUUACAUAUGACUUGAAAGGCUCAACGUAUAAGCGGAGAGCAUCCCGUAAAGAGAGAGAGAAAUCCAACCCCACGUUUAAGGACUUAGACUUCCUGCAAGACAUGCACGAAGGGUUGUAUUUUGAUACAGAAACAUACAACGCGCUUAUGAAAACACUGCAGAGAGACUGCCGGGUGCUGGAAAGCUUCAAGAUCAUGGACUAUAGCCUUCUGUUGGGAAUUCAUUUCCUGGACCAUUCCCUCAAAGAGAAAGAGGAGGAGACCUCACAAAAUGUGCCUGAUGCUAAGCGGCCUGGGAUGCAGAAGGUUCUCUACUCAACAGCCAUGGAAUCUAUCCAGGGUCCAGGGAAAUCUGGAGAUGGGAUAAUCACAGAGAACCCAGACACAAUGGGAGGCAUUCCAGCUAAAAGCCAUAGGGGAGAAAAGCUACUUUUAUUUAUGGGCAUUAUUGACAUUCUACAAUCGUAUAGGUUAAUGAAGAAGUUAGAACAUUCCUGGAAAGCUCUUGUUUAUGAUGGGGACACUGUUUCCGUUCAUAGACCAAGCUUUUAUGCAGACAGAUUUCUAAAGUUCAUGAAUUCCAGAGUUUUCAAGAAAAUUCAAGCUUUGAAGGCCUCACCUUCUAAGAAACGGUGCAAUUCCAUCGCCGCCUUAAAGGCGACUUCACAGGAGAUCGUAUCCUCAGUUAGCCAGGAAUGGAAGGAUGAGAAGCGAGAUUUGCUGACCGAAGGACAAAGUUUUAGCAGCCUUGAUGAAGAAGCCCUGGGAUCCCGACACAGGCCAGACCUGGUGCCUAGCACUCCAUCGCUGUUUGAAGCUGCUUCCUUGGCGACCACAAUUUCAUCUUCUUCCUUAUACGUCAACGAGCACUAUCCACACGACAGGCCUACACUCUAUUCAAACAGCAAAGGGUUACCUUCCAGUUCAACAUUUACCUUGGAAGAGGGGACCAUCUACUUGACCACUGAACCCAACACUCUGGAGGUGCAGGAUGACAAUGCUUCUGUGCUCGAUGUCUAUUUAUAAGUGAAAAUGGUGACCACCUUAAGCACAUGGAUGAGACGUGAGCACAGUUGUGGCAGAGAAGUUUCUCCGCACCAGAAUUAUCCACAGCAACUUGGCUGAACCCCACUACACACAGAGAAAUCAUCAACCUGACUUAAGAGUUUUCGAGAUGUCAACUUCAGGCUGAUCAGCAGAUGGGAUGUGAAAAAUACUACCCUAUUCUAUCAUUUGCUGUUGCUUGCUGAACUGUGAAGAACUGCAUGAACUAUAUUUAAGCUGCUUUCUAUACCAUUGCCAAUCACCUUUUUGAACUUGGAAGUGCUAUUUUCCUAUGGACUUUUGCAUUAUUUCAUUGUGCAUGCAUCCAGUGAUUAUACAUAAGCAACAUAUGUAAUCUGCUUAUAUAUUUUUAAAAAUCCAUCCAUGCAAAUGGUAAAUAAAGUAUACAUUCUUUUGCAAAAUUAUAGCUCAUGUCAUUGAAAGUUUAAAUUGGUUUCAUUUAAAGAUCAAUAUACUAGGUCUGCCUCUACUUUAUAGAAAACUAGCUUCUAUAAAGAUUUUUUCACUGUUUACUAGUGAAAUGAGAAAAGCAAAGCUAUUUAUAAAAGGCCUUAUGUCGUGUACAUACAUCGUCUUUGAAAUAUUUGUGAUCUAGUUUAUUGCUUGUAAAAGAGAAAUUAUAUAAUUUAUUUAGUAAAUACUACUGUAAACUAUAGUUUUGUGAGAGAAAUAAAAUAUUUUGUUCUCAA